UUUAUAUCAACGAUUGAGACUGCUCUAUUGCCGUAAGCGUCUCCUCCAAAUUCCUAUCAAUGGUAAAAUGAGGAAAGCUCAAGAGUCCAUCGCAAAGAAACCUUUGGUGUGGGGCAGCGCCUUAUUGGGAGGCCUCACCUCAAAAGCCAUUACUGGAGUAACAAAGUCGAAAGACAAGAAACAGAAUGAGGAAAUUUCUUCAGAUGACGAGCCAGACAGACAGUUGGAGGACAGCGAAAUAUUUGAUAGACUCGGUCAGCACAUAGAAACCUUCUUAGAUGUGGCAACAAAAGAGUGGGGUGCGAGGUCAGAAGCACUGGCAACUAUUACCAAGAACAUGUUUGAAGCCAGUGAGUGGAUGAAUUCUCUGUCCCGUGGCUCCAAAAACGCUUAUGAAAUGUUAAAAUCAACCAAAUUCCACAACGUAACAUCAACAGCGGCAGAGAUAUGUGCAGUAAUGGGGAGGACUCACUGGGCCGGGGCAGGCUUUUUAGUUCUAGCAGCAAUUAUUAGCAGGAUUCACAACGCUCAAGGCGUUGACAAGAAAUGCUUGGAAUUACUUAAAUCAAUUAAUAUGGUGGGAAAGACCCUGGCCAGGUUUACUCGUUUACCACUCAUACCUGAAGAAAUGAAAUCCACUGUAAACGAGGCUAGAAAUUUAACAGCCAGGAGUGCUGCCUGUUGUUUAUCUAUCAUCGAUUCCUCAAGAUUUAGCAAGUUCAUGUCCUCCAAAAAGAACGACGAACUUGUUUCUCAAUGUUGUAAGCAGUUAGAGAGAUUGCAGCGUGAAAUUACCUUCCAAGUUAGCAUUAUUUCUUUUACAGAACGACAUGAAGUUAGCAGCGUCUUCUCCAAGAAAAGAAAACAUGCAGAGGCAAGUCAAACAAAAGAAUCGACUUCACAUGGAGAUGAUUCAACAAUCGCAAACGAUCAGGGCAAACCUAAAGGUAAGAGUUCAAUUCUCUAUCUUCAUUUAUAUCUUCAAAUUUCUUUGUUUAUGUCCCUUUAAAUAUAUAUACUCAUUAUUCCAUGAAGUAUUUGCAUGUCGAGGAAUGAUA